GAGGCGGCUGCCCUGGGAGAGCACGAUGCCGGCAGGACACAGCAGGAGGGUGCAGCAGUAUCUGGUGGUCUUGGCCGUGACCUGGGGCGCCAGCUUCUUCCCCUCGCCAGCCCAGGCUUUGCAGAGGAUCGCGCUGCGGAGGAUGCCCUCCAUGCGCCAGACGCUGCAGGAGAUGGGCGUGAAGGUGUCGGACGUCUUCCCCGAGCUGAGGCAGAGCAGACGCAGCAGCGUGGCCGGCCCCAAAAACGGAACUGCUCCCACCCUCCUCACUAACUACCUGGACACCCAGUAUUUCGGCGAGAUCAGCAUUGGUACCCCCGCGCAGACCUUCAAGGUGGUCUUUGACACGGGCUCAGCCAACCUGUGGGUGCCAUCCUACAAGUGCUCCCCCCUCUACAGCGCCUGCGUUUCCCACAGCCGCUACGACUCCUCCAAGUCACGGACGUACGUAGCCAAUGGCACAGGCUUCGCUAUCCGCUACGGAACGGGAAGUGUCAAAGGCUUCCUCAGCCAGGACAUUGUCAUGGUAUCAGACAUCCCCAUCAUCCAGGUCUUUGCCGAGGCGACGGCACUGCCUGCCUUCCCCUUCAUCUUUGCCAGGUUUGAUGGGGUGCUGGGGAUGGGCUACCCCAGCCAGGCCAUCGACGGCAUCACCCCUGUCUUCGACCGGAUCCUCUCCCAGCAGAUCCUCAAGGAGGAUGUGUUUUCCGUCUACUACAGCCGGUGGGUCCUGAAUGCGCCUCUGAAACCUGGGGGCGAAAUAAUCCUUGGAGGCAGCGACCCAGCCUACUACACCGGAGACUUCCACUACCUAAACAUCAGCAAGAGCGGCUACUGGCAGAUCAGCAUGAAGGGGGUGUCCGUAGGGGCUGAAAUCCUCUUCUGCAAGGAAGGCUGUUCAGUAGCCAUCGACACGGGAGCAUCCUACAUCACCGGCCCAGCCGGCCCGGUCUCUGUGCUGAUGAAAGCCAUCGGGGCAGCAGAAAUGGCCGAAGGAGAGUAUGUGGUGGACUGUGACCGAGUCCCUCAGCUGCCCAACAUCUCUUUCCACCUGGGUGGGAAGGCCUACAUGCUCAGCGGCUCAGCCUACGUCCUCCGGCAAUCUCAGUAUGGGGAGGACGUCUGCGUGGUGGCUUUCACGGGGCUGGACAUCCCACCCCCAGCUGGUCCCCUCUGGAUCCUGGGCGCCAGCUUCAUCAGGCACUACUACACCAAAUUUGACCGGCGCAACAACCGCAUCGGCUUUGCCAUGGCCCGCUGAUGGCCGGGGGGGCCGGGGAGAGAGAUGGGGGAAACCAGCCUGGGGGCAAGGGUACCACCAAGAAGAAAUGAUUUGAAGUGCGAACGAGAACAGCAUUUCCUUACAGCUCAGCCACCUCCUCUCUUUACUGAAGCAACUGCAAAACCUCACCUUCUCCCACUCCAAAACCCCCGCUUUGCUUCCCGAGAGUCUCUGCGGCAGGGGAGAACCGAGCCUUAAGCACAUCUUCUAGCAAGUGUAUUCAGUCUGGAAAUCAAAGCGGGAUCCUGUGCCCGGAGUUGCACCUCCAGGGACUUUUAGGGUGAUGUGCAAUAGUGUAACUGGCAUGCAGUGGAUCGCUGCUGGCGUGGAGGGGCUUGCAGGGUGCAGGCAGACUGAGGAGGGAUGAUCUGUUACAGUUUGUGUUAUUCUCUGGAUGGGAGAAAAAUAAUCUGGCUGUGUUUAAAAGAUAGUUUUAGGUGGUGUUAACCCUACCCCUCUCCAUGACUUUAAUAUUAAACAAUCUCAGAG